AUGGAGUCUACAGUGUCCUUUAGAGGCUGUUCUGAGCCACUGAGAAUCCUUUCUCUUGAUGGGGGCGGGGUCCGCGGAAUCUCAAGUUUGCUCAUCUUAGAGAAGAUAAUGGAGAAAAUCCGCGAGGUUAAGCACCUUGACGGUGUCCCUCGACCGUGUGACUAUUUUGACUUGGUCGGAGGCACAAGCACUGGAGGGAUCAUCGCUAUCAUGCUCGGUCGGCUCGGAAUGACUGUGGAUGAGUGUAUACGGGCCUACCGGAAGGUUGCACAGCAGGCGUUUACUCCUAAACGGACCUCUAUUCUUCCAGCGUCGCCCCGCGGAGCCUUUUCCGCACAGGCGCUUGAGGAUGCCAUUAAACAGAUAGUUCGAGAGUUCUGUACAGAUGGGGAUUGCGUGAACCGUCGGCGCCAAGGCCACCCGACAACCGGAACGUGUCCACACUCUAAUUUAGUCUUCCGUGACCAGGCUUGCACGAAAACGGUGGUUCUUGCAAUCACAAAGGCCAACGUCGACGCGAAACCGACGCUCUUCGGGACAUACGAUACAUCGGCUGACUUAGAUGAAUGCACCGUAUGGCAGGUAGCACGUGCAACUUCGGCUGCAACUACGUUUUUCAAGCCUAUCAAGGUUGGCCGGGAUGCCAUUGAGUUCAUUGAUGCUGCUUUCGGGUAUAAUAACCCCUGUGAUGAGCUCAUUAGAGAAGCUCAGCGGGUGUUUCCUGGUCGCCAAGAACUACAGGUCCUGAGUAUUGGAACUGGUCUUGGAGAUGUGGUCAAUAUAAAGGAUACCCGGAUAUCGAUCAUAAAUGCUCUGAAGAAGAUGGCCACAUCAUCAAAGAAGGUUGCCACCAGCCUGGACGGCCGAUUCGGUGAUGGUGGCCAAUACUUUCGAUUCAAUGUGGAUCGCGGUCUCGAGGAUAUCACGUUGUCAGAUUGGGAGAAAGCAAGCACAAUAUCAGCGCAUACCCGAAACUAUCUUUCUGAGCAGACCAGAUCCAUCGGGAGGUUUGUCGAUGUUUUAACGCGGGCGGAUGCCUUGUCGAUCCAGCAAGCAAGUCGGGCCAAAUGUGGUGUUGUAAACUACAAUAUAGUAACUGGGGAUGAUAAUAACAAGCCACAUAGCUACAGCCAAGUUCGGGCCUAUUAUGUCAUCCCCUCUAUAGUGAACCGCCACUUUACUGGACGUGUAGACACACUUGACUCGCUCAAACAUAUUUUUGUCCAAAAGGAAACACCCAAAGUGGCGCUGUUUGGCCUUGGGGGUGUUGGCAAAACCCAAGUCGCUCUGCAGCUUGCAUAUUGGGCAAAGGAACAUAUGUCGGAACAUUCUAUUUUUUGGGUUCCUGCGUUGAGCGAAGGAAGCUUCAAGCAGGCUUAUGCCGAAAUCGUGAGGCAGCUCGCUAUACAUAAAGCUACAGAUGACGAAACAGUCUUGGAGCUGGUGCAGCGGUACUUGAGCUCGGAGGCAGCCGGACCAUGGCUCUUGAUUGUGGAUAACGCAGACGACCUAGACCUACUUUUUGGUAGCGCCGAUAUCCCAGGUGGACUCUACAAGUAUUUGCCCGUCAGUCGAAACGGUGUGAUGCUGUUAACCACUCGCUCACGUGAAGUUGCGGUGUCAUUUGCAGGAAAAGACAUAAUUGAAAUUCAGAAAAUGAUGCGAGCGGAAGCCACUGCCUUUGUCGAGAAAGUCAUGGAAAAAGAUUUGCUCUGCGACCCAGAGACAACAGUACAAUUGCUUGAGGAACUCAAUUUAUUGCCCUUGGCCAUAACGCAGGCCGCUGCUUACAUGAAUAGGACCAACAUCUCAACUUCACGAUACCUUGAGUUAAUGCAUGGUACCGAAGAUGAUAUGAUAGCCUUGAUGAGCAGGCAUUUUCAUGACGAUACUCGAUAUCCCGGGUUGCAAGAUGCUGUUGCCACGACGUGGCUGAUUUCCUUUAACAAGAUAAGGGAAUCUGAUGCCGCUGCUGCUAAACUACUUGCGUUCAUAUCGUUCAUUGAACCGAAGGCAAUUCCGAGAUCACUCUUCCCACCUUUUGAUUCUGAAGAGCAAAUGGAAUUCGCAAUUGGCACUCUAUGCGGUUAUGCAUUCAUGACAAAACGGGAGGAUGGCAAAGUAUUCGACAUGCACAGCCUAGUGCAGCUAGCGACGCGAUUAUGGGUACAACAAGAAGGAGAUACCCAACGAAUACUCAAGGCCACGACGCAGCAUAUGGUAGUGGCUUUUCCAUCUCAUGAUUGGACAAAUCGUGAACUAUGGAGAGCCUACCUGCCGCAUGCUCUUAAGAUUCUGUGGAAGAAUGAGACACAUGACAUAGAGGAGAGGUACGAUCUAUGCUUCAAGAUUGGCAUGUGUCUUCUGGAAGAUGCGCGGACAAAAGACGCGAUUCACUGUUUCAAAGAAGACUUAAGCUGGCAGGACAAAUGGCAUGAUAAUGAGCACCCCCUCCGACUGAGAACACAGCAUGAACUAGCACGGGCAUAUCACUCGGAGGGCCGGAUCAAGAGUGCAGUGGAUCUACUCGAGCAUGUGGUUGCGAUACGACAUAAAAUUCUACCUGAAGAUAACGUUUCUCGACUAAACUCUCAGCAUGAGCUCGCACGGGCGUAUCAAGCUGACGGUCAGACGAAGAAAGCAGUGGCGCUACUGGAGUAUGUUGUCGUAGUCCGCAAGAGAACACUGGCUAAAGACCAUAAAUAUCGACUUUCAUCUCAGCAUGAGCUCGCACGAGCGUAUCAAUUGGACGGCCAAAUCAAGAGAGCAGUAAGGCUGCUAGAGUAUGUGGUCGCAGUCCGCAAGAGAACACUCACUGAAGAACAUCCUGAUCUACUGCUUUCUCAGCAAAUACUCGCAACGAUAUAUCAUUCGGACGGUCAAACAAGGAAAGCAGUAGAGCUUCUUGAGCAUGUGGUCGCAAUACGACAGAACACACUCGAUGAAGAACAUCCCUCUAUGCUAGCAUCCCAGCAUCAACUCGCUGGAGUUUAUCAAGCGGAUGGCCAAAUCGAAAAAUCUCUAGGUCUGUUAGAAUAUGUGGUCACAGUGCGAGAGAGAACACUUGCUGAAGGUCAUCCCUCGCGUCUGGCAUCGCAGCAUGUCCUCGCAAGAGCAUAUCAAGCGGACAGCCAGAUCGAUAAAGCAGUGGAGCUACUCGAGCAUGUAGUCGCAGUACGGGAGAAAACGCUUGCCGAAGGGCAUCCUGAUCUACUAGCAUCACAGCAUGUCCUCGCAAAAGCAUAUCAAGUGGACGGCCAGAUCGAGAAAGCAGUGGGGCUACUCGAGCAUGUGGUCGCAGUACGGGAAAAAACGCUUGCCGAAGGACAUCCUGAUCUACUAGCAUCGCAGCAUGUCCUUGCAGCAGCAUAUGAAGCGGAGGGUCAUUUCAUGAAGUCAGGGGAGCUACUCGAGCAGAGAGUCGCAAUACGAGAGAUAAUACCUAGCGGAGAGCACCCCUCUCAGCUUGCAAAAGCCCAGGAAGACAGUACAACGAGUACUGCGAUAGAAAAUCAAGACCGUUCUGUUCAUGUGACAUUUGGAGGUUCUAACGUUGGCAUUCAGGUGGGCAUAAAUAGUGGGUACAUUGGCGGAUUCGCUUUUCGGGCGAACGAACAACCAUAG